UCUGAACUUGAGGUUUUGGAGACCCAUGUUACAUAUUCCUUAAGUAAAGAAAAGCCAGCUGCUUGGUUUUAUAUAAUGCAAUUCCGUGGAUCAUUCGAUGAACAUCAGCAAGUUCCUCUUAAGUUUCUUGUUGAGAGUGUGCAGGGCCCGUUAGCAGAAAAUUGUGCUAACGGUUCGUGGAAAACUACCCCCCUUAUCAAUUUAUAUCACAUUCUUCCUUACAUGGAGAUAAUCUGGUGCUGACUAUCGAGGCUGGAGAUGGGAGUGACCUCUUCUGACCAAAAAGCUGGACAGAAUCAUUAUGGCAAUAACAAGUUUUUCGAUUCAUCUCCUGGACAAGUAGCUAGUCCCAUUGAUAUCUUUCAUGGCACAGAAAGAUAUGUUAAUCUCACAAGCAAGUUCAUCAAAAGAUUUGAAAUUCUGGAUUGUCAAAAUGGAGAUCUUGAGAACUUCGCUGAUGGUAUUGAGCAACCUGGUAAGGGUUUAUCAGCUAGCCUUUCGAGAGGCCUGUAUGAGAUGCCGAUGAAAGUUAAUAAUGCUAUGGAGGAGAUUGAAAAAGGGUGUGAUAUUGCAGAUCCUACUACAGAGGUAGCUAGCACAAACAUCCUUGAAAAAGCAGAUGCUGUGAGUGAUGAUCCUGUAACUGAUCCUUCCAGUCGACUAUUUGGAAACACGGUGGUAGAUGACAGUUUGAGAGAGGAUUUAAAAGAAAAACGUGUUGGAGAUUCUGGUAAAAACAACGAAAGGAGAACAUGUCCUGAAAAUUUAGACGAAGAACAAGUUGAAUGUUGCAAGGUUAUAUUAGCUAGUCCUCCAAGGUUGUUGAAUACUACGAAUAGAAACGACUUGUCUAAUACUUGCACAGAUAGUGAAGAUAAUGAAAUGCGAAAUACAAAAAUAAGAGUUUAUUACCAUAAGAGGAAGAAAAAUACAGUACAACUUCAAGAAACUGUACCAGAUAUAAAGGGUUUUCUCUUCAUUCUGGCGGCGCGAAAUGGAGGCAGAUUGGAGGCGAUUAUAGUCGAUUUUCAGGCGAUUUCACCCGGUUCUUUACAGUCAAAUCUUACUAAAAAAAGAGAUGAGACGGUAUGUGGAGUUGAGGGUUAUUUCACUAAGACGUGCAACCAAACUGGUAUUACUUCAUCACGGGACCAACGAGCUCAGCUUGAGGCUAAACCUAAGCACAAUGUAAAAGUACAAGGUCCUUUGGAUUCUUUUAGGUCAAAUCAGCCUCAAAGAAGAUAUAAGAAGGUAUCCGGAGAUGAGGGUUAUCUUACUACCACGGAUAACCAAACUGGUGCUGCUUCAACUGAGAACCAGCGAACUCAGCUUCAGGCAGAAAUGAAGCACAAUAAAGAAGUACAGACUACCCUGGAAUCUCUUAGGUCAGAUCAUAUUCAAAGCAGAGAUGGGAUAGUAUCUGGAAAAAUGGGUGAUCUUACACAAGAGUGCAAUCACACUAGUAUUGCUGCAAAGGAAAACCAGCUAGUACUGUUUCAGGAUAAUUGUAUGCUCGAUUUAGGAGCACAGGUUACAUCAGCUUUAGACGUGGUGCAGAGUGCAUCAACACUUAUUUAUAGAAAAAUACAAGAACUGUACUCCCAACUCUGCAAUACGGUGGAUGAACUAGCAUUAUGUGAAGAUUAUUUUGACAGAAUAUUGGGUGGAGACGUUGAUUUGGCUCGUCAAUGUAUCAAUUCUAUCAUUAGUGGUAAGUUUCACUCACUAGUGGAGAACAGAACACAAGUCCACCAUAAUGGUAAUCGGCCAGAUGAAAACAGAAUUUCUCAGCAUGGGAAUCCCACCAGAUUAUCCGAAGUCUAUCUUCCUGGAAAGUCAUCAUGUCAAGAUUUGGAGUAUACAUGUCAGAGGAAUGACUUGAGAGUGCCCCAGUUUCAGGUUCAACCUUCUGAUGGUGGAUUCCUGUCAACUGUGGUGGUGACAGGAAAAGAUUUCUACCUUCAUGCAAAGGGUGGUGUAGGGUCUCAUCCUCGUAUAGCUAGGGAGACCGCUGCUGCCAAGAUGAUUGCUGAAAUGCACAACACUUGGUAUGAGUAAGGGUUUAGUGGUAUUAAAUAAUUCAACUAGGCUGACACUUAUGUUUUCGGUUCACGGAACCCAUAACUGGUACUUCCGGGCACACUUAGUUUGAGUAGGGUUUAGUCGGGGAUGAAGGUUCGAUGAGAUAAUUUGCUAACUACGAUGUUAUUAGGUUUUGAUUGUGUUGUAAAAAAGCUUGAACACAAGAAGUUUAGCUGUUUAUUAAUCAUGAAAUUAGGUUUGAAAAAAAUAAAUUUCACAAGAAAAAUAAAGUGAGUCCACCCCAAGAGUUAUAUGACUAUUAGAUGAAUGAUUGUAAGUUAGUUUAGCACUCCCUCCGUUCUAUUUAA